AAUGACACCAAAUUUUGGAGUCAAGAUUUAUCACUCAAUCAUCUCCUCCUGGUCAUGGUGGUGGCAAGUCGACAAUCACCAGGACCAUCUCGCUCGUGCUAUUCUCACCGUUUCAGUUCCGUUACUGUUAUUUUUAUGGUAUCAGUACAUCAGAAAUGACAGAACUUCUUUGCCGCCGGGCCCAUAUGGUUUACCGGUGGUAGGGUAUCUGCCGUUUCUUGCCUCCGAUUUACACGAAAGAUUCACCCACAUGAGUCAUAGAUACGGCCCCAUCUUCAGCCUGUGGCUCGGAAGCAAGCUUCACGUUGUGGUCAACUCCGUGGAGCUAGCUAAGGUCGUGGCUCGUGACCUGGACCAAACGUUCGCGAACCGUACUCCACCGGUCGCAGCCCUGACCAUCACUUAUGGCGGGAUUGAUAUCGCGUGGUCCAACAACAACGCACACUGGCGUAAGUUGCGUAAACUGUUGGUCAGCCAGGUUUUGAGCAACGCAAAUCUUGAUUCUUGUGCGGGUUUUCGAACGGAUGAGGUGAGAAAAGUGGUAAGAGACGUUUACGGAAGGAUCGGGAAGAAGAUCGACAUUAAUAAGGUGGCUUUCGAUGCCGAGCUUAAUGUCGUAACGGGAAUGUUAUGGGGUUGUAGUGAAGGAAAAGAUUCGAGCGACAUCGGAGAUGGGUUUCGAGAAGUUGAGUUCAAGAUCAUCGAGUUAUUGGGUGCUCCAAAUAUCUCAGAUUUUAUCCCGAUGCUGUCGUGGUUCGAUCUGCAGGGAAGGCAGCGAGAAAUGCAGAAGCAGAAGGAACAUCUUGAUCGGAUUUUGGAUAACAUCAUCCGCGGAAGAAGCAAUGGUAACUCCAGAAAGAUGGAUGAAGAUGGAAGGAAAGAUUUUGUGCAGAUCUUGUUAGAGCUUAAAGAUCAAAAAGACAGUCCAAUAUCACUUAACAUCGAUCAAAUAAAGGCACUAUUAUUUGACAUUUUGACUGCGGCAACAGACACAACAUCAACGAUGGUAGAAUGGGUGAUGGCGGAGAUUUUGCAUCAUCCCGAGGUAAAAACAAAGAUUCAAGAAGAGUUGAAUGAUGUUUUGGGUAUGAACAGUAUUGUCGAAGAAUGUCAUCUGCCGAAAUUAGCGUAUUUGGAUGCCGUCAUCAAGGAGACAUUUAGGAUACACCCUCCGUUACCGCUCCUCAUCCAAAGAUCCCCGGAUGAAUCUUGCACGGUGGGCGGGUACUUGAUUCCAAAGGGAACGAUCGUGUAUAUCAACGUUUGGGCAAUCCAUCGCGAUCCUAGAAAUUGGCCGAAUUCAUUGGAGUUCAAGCCAGAGAGAUUCUUGAAAGGCAAAUGGGAUUAUAACGGAAACAAUUUGAAGUUUUUGCCGUUUGGAGUUGGGAGAAGAAUAUGCCCUGGAAUUCCGUUAGGGGAGAAGAUGUUGGUUUAUAUAUUAGCAUCUCUCUUGCAUUCUUUCGAGUGGAGGUUGUCGGAAGACGAAGAUUUUGAGGUUUCCGAUGAGUUUGGAUUUGUGACGAAGAAGAGGAAACCGUUGAUUGCUAUACCAUCUCAACGGUUAUCUGAUGCAAGACUCUAUCUAUGAAUGUAUACAAGUAAAGUUGUUCCGUAAAAUAAGAUAGAUAUAUGCAGAAUAAAUAACUCAUGUAUCCAAAUCUUACGAUCGAUUAUUACUCAU